GGAUUUUCGUACAUAACAUUACCAGUAGCUUACCGCUGUCUUAAAUAUAAUAAUCAUCUUAGAAAAAAAUAAAAAAAUAAAAUAUUAAACAAAAGCUGGUGACAGAGAGAGAGAGAGAGAGAAAAACAGAGAAGAGGAAGAAGAACACAAAACUUAGAAACAAAAAGGUUAUUCAAUUUUAGCUGUCUCACUCUCUUCUGAUUUAAAGAAGAGAGUGAGAGACAUAAUAAUUAUUUAUUAAAAAAAAUGGAGUAUGAAACGACAAGUAGUCGGAUAUUGGACGGAAUGUAUCAUUACCCACAUGUAUUUGGGGGACUAAUGUUAACAGCAGCAUUGUUGGGAUUGUCCACAAGCUAUUUUGGUGGAAUUGGGAUCACCUCAUUCCCAUACAUGUGUUGGGAUCUUGGUAUUUUGUAUAAAAAAAGAUAUAAUAAGAAGAAGCGAAUUCGUGUUUACAUGGAUGGUUGCUUUGAUCUGAUGCAUUAUGGUCAUGCUAAUGCUUUACGCCAAGCGAAAGCUUUGGGUGAUGAACUUGUUGUUGGUGUUGUUAGUGAUGAGGAGAUCAUUGCCAAUAAAGGUCCCCCUGUUUUACCCAUGGAAGAAAGACUUGCUCUUGUUAGUGGAUUGAAGUGGGUGGAUGAAGUUAUAGCUAAUGCUCCUUAUGCCAUUACGGAGCAAUUCAUGAACAGACUUUUCAACGAGCAUAAGAUUGACUAUAUCAUACAUGGUGAUGAUCCAUGCCUGCUUCCUGAUGGAACUGAUGCUUAUGCCUUGGCCAAGAGAGCUGGACGUUACAAGCAGAUUAAACGCACUGAAGGAGUCUCCAGCACAGAUAUUGUAGGAAGGAUACUUUUUGCCAACGAUGCAAAAGUGUCUGAAUGUCAUGAUGAUAAAUUGUCUUUACCUGGAGAUGCUUGUAAGGGAAACCAAUGCAACAGUGUUCAUUUAUCCCAAUUUCUACCGACAUCCCGGCGAAUAGUGCAGUUUUCAAAUGGGAAGGGACCUGGACCAAAUGCUCGUGUUGUAUACAUUGAUGGGGCGUUUGAUCUCUUCCAUGCCGGACAUGUGGAGAUUCUCAGGUCUGCUAGGCAGCUUGGAGAUUUUCUACUAGUUGGGAUCCACACUGACCAGAUAGUGAGUGAACACAGAGGGGAGCACUAUCCAAUUAUGCAUCUGCAUGAGCGUAGUCUUAGUGUGCUGGCUUGCCGUUAUGUUGAUGAAGUCAUUAUCGGUGCACCUUGGGAAGUUUCCAAAGAUAUGAUCACAACUUUCAACAUCUCUUUGGUUGUGCAUGGGACUGUUGCAGAGUGCAAUUCCUUGUUGGCUGGCAUAUCAGACCCCUAUGCAGUUCCAAAGAGCAUGGGUAUUUUCCGGACUCUUGAAAGCCCUAAAAAUAUAAUUACUAGUUCUGUGGCUCAAAGGAUAGUUGCUAAUCACGAAGCUUACAUGAAACGCAACUCCAAGAAGGCAAAAAGUGAGAAAAAAUACUACGCAGAAAAGGUGUAUGUAUCAGGAGAUUAGUGGAGAGAUACAGUAUCACUGGACAGCUAAUUUGGCAGAGUUCUUUAUGCAGCCUUACCAUAACGUAGAAAUGCGUAUUUGCUCAAAGAUUAUGGAAGAGUCGGUAACUUUGUCUUCUGGAAGACGGGUAAAGUAGACGAGAGUGGCGCAAAAAGUAAAGAUCCUCGUGGUUUUUUAUCCCCUCAUUUUGAUGUAACAACAUUACAUUAUUUCAGUAAUAGGCAAAACCCACAAUAUCUCACCAUGGUCAAUUGUGUGGAAUUUGAAUUUCACUGCUUUCAGCACCAAUGGGUUACCCUUUUUGUGCAGUAUAUUUAUUUUUUAAA